AAUCUGUCCAUUCCACCUGAGCAGCUAGAUGGACGCUAUUGACUUCUUUUAUUUUUAUCACCUCCAUUCACAUUCAUUAAGGCCAACGACAUUGACAUUGCUGUUUCAUAUACACUUACAUAAUUACUGACAUCCAUUCACUCGCUCACUUUUGUCUGAUUUGCCUACUUUUAUCUUAUUGUCGCUCACACAAAGCACGCGAACAAGUCCAAGUUUGCCUUCCCCUCCCAUCCUUCCCACCUUCCUCCCUUUUUUUAUCAUUAUUAAAUCCUUAUACAUAUCUGUACAAAAACAAAUAUAUCUCUUUUCCUUUUGGUAUUUGUGCACACUACGUACUAUCCUUUGCGAUGGAUGAAUUUGGAGGUGGCGGUUCUGAAGAAAACUUUAACGCGAUCCCGCUCCAGGAGAGAUUGGAACACAAGAAUUGGAAAGCGCGUGUGUCUGCAUAUGAAGAGCUUGCAAAGCUUUUCCGAACCAGCAUCGAAGACUCUGACUUCCGCCGGUACGAAGGGUCACUGAAGAAGAUCGCACUUGAUUCCAACGCAGUCGCUCAGGAAUCCGGAUUGACAACCCUGAUUCAAUUUGUAGAGAAUGCUCCCGAUCCUAAUAGGACGAAGAGUAUCGUAGUGCCUGCAGUUGUUGAAAAAUGUCUGUCAUCUACGAGAGCAGGAACGAAAGCAAAAGCCUUGGAGCUUAUUCUAUUAUAUGUUGAGGUUGAUACCCCAGAUCCUGUGAUUGAGGAUGUAAUACCAGGGCUGGAAGCCAAACUACCAAAGCUAGUAGCUACAACAACAAAUACGCUUGCUGCAAUUGUUCGGACCUUUGGAAUUAAGAAUAUCAAUGUCAAACCUCUUCUUAAAAAGCUACCAUCAUUAUUUGCCCAUUCCGACAAGAACGUUCGUGCAGAAGCCAAUGCCUUGACGAUAGAGCUGUAUCGAUGGCUGAGAAAGGCAAUUAUGCCAUCGCUAGAAGAUCUAAAACCAGUGCAACAAAAGGAGCUGACAGAGGCAUUUGAAAAAUUGCCGGAUGAAAAACCUACUCCAUUAAAGUACCUCCGCUCACAACAAGAGGAGAUGGCAACAGCAGCAGCAGCAGACGCUGACGGUGAUGGCGAUGGGGCUGAAGGUCAGGAUGAGGAUGAGGAAAUGGAGGAAGUGGAUGCAUUUGAUCUUAUUGACCCAGUUGACGUGAAUGCCAAAAUGGAGAAAAACUUUUAUGAGCUUCUUGCAUCUAAAAAAUGGCAGGAGAGGAAAGAGGCUCUGGACGGUCUUUUGAACCAUUGCAAAUCACCUAAAAUUCUUGACACCAACUACUCAGAACUAGUUGGAGCACUUGGGAAGCGUAUGGCGGAUACCAAUAUUAACAUUGUCAUUGUGGCAGCAAAUUGCCUUGAAGGUCUAGCUCAAGGGCUACGCGACAACUUCAACAGAUACAAAUCCUCAGUAGCAGGACUCAUCAUGGAUCGACUGAAAGAGCGCAAAGUCACCGUUGUAGAGGCUUUAACUGGUGCACUAAAUGCUAUGUACAGCACGGCGCCAUAUUCUGAAUUGCUGGAAGACUCUGCAGCAAAUGUAGCUCACAAGAAUCCGCAAAUUCGAGCAGAAGUUAUAAAACUUCAAGUUCAUCGUUUAAAGGAAAUCAAAAUCGCACCAUCUAAGCAGGAAAUUAAAACGGCAUGUGAAAUGCUUGUUAAGGCAUUUGACGACGGAGAUGCUACAGUCCGUGAAGCGACUGCUGAAGCGCUUGGUACGCUUAUGAAAUGCUGCGGCGAAAAACCACUCUUGGCAUACAUAGAAAAUCUGGAUACUGUCAAGACUGGGAAAGUUAAGGAAUAUUGUGAUAAAGCUGUAGUCAAGGCCAAAGCAGCCCCGGCAGCCCCACCCAAGGCGGCCCCACCAAAAGCGGCAGCCAAACCCGCAGCCAAACCCGCAGCCAAACCCGCAGCUUCAGCUGCCAAACCUGCGGCAACGAAACCCGCGGCAAAGGUGGAAACUCCUGCAAAAAAGCCUAUAGCUAAACCACCAGCAUUGUCUUCAGCUAAAAAACCUGUAGCCAAAACAACUCCAGCUACGGCUUCAGCUGCAAGCACGGCAGCAAAGAAGGCAGCACCUGCAGCGGGUGGAGCUAAAAAGGAUGAUGAGCCUAUACGAUAUAAAUUUUCGAAUGAAACAGCAGAAGAGCAGGCAGCUGAAUUCCUGACGCCGGAGUUAAUUGCAGAGUUUGGUGACUCUAGUUGGAAGGUGCGUUUGGAAGCUAUGGAAAAACUAUAUGAGCUUGUGGAUAGCAGCACUGACUUUGAGGCGGAGCUAAUCACACGCGUUUUGGCUAAAAAACCUGGGUGGAAGGAAAGCAACUUCCAGGUUACGACCAAACUCUAUGGUAUCCUUCAGCUCCAAGCACAAAAACUACCGACUUUUUCCAAAGCAUGUGCUGCCUUGAGCAUCCCAGCUAUGAUUGAUAAGAUGGGCGAUAUUAAACUCAAGAAGGCAGCAGGUGACUGCUUAGCUUCAUACGCUGAAGCGCUCUCACUUCAAUUCGUCCUUAGUCAAUCGUACGAUCCUCUGAAGAAACUGAAAGCACCGAAAGCCCUUGCGGAUUCAUUGCUAUGGAUUAAUCAGCAACUGGAAGACUUUGGCAUUGGUGGGGUACAGAUUCGUGAGAUGAUUGACUUUUUAAAAAUAACACUUGGAAGUGCCAAUGCAGCUGUACGCACUAAUGCUGUCGCUGUCCUUGGAACGCUCCGUCGUUUUGUCGGGCCAGGGAUUCGAACAUUUGUUGAGGACUGCAAUUCAGCACUAUUGGCUACUAUUGAUGCAGAGUUUGCAAAGGUCGCAGACAUGGAGCCGCCUCAAAUCACCAAGGGAGUUGCUGAAGAGAGCACAGGUAGCGCUGCAGUGGAGGAGCUUUUCCCUAAAGUUGAUAUCGGGGGCCAGUUUACAUCUGCUUUGUUAGAAGAAUGUGGCGAUGCGAAUUGGAAAGUGCGUAAAGAAGGCCUGGAAAAGGUCGCUGCUAUUAUAGAUGCCAACAAACGGAUCAAGCCUAAUUUAGGUGGACUUCCAGGGGCAUUGAAGCUUCGGCUUGCAGACAGCAAUAAGAAUCUGCAGAUUCUUACGAUGGAGAUUUGUGCUAAUGUCGCCAAUGCUAUGGGCAAGCCGUUUGAAAAGUAUGCAAGGAUCCUGUGCUCAAAUGUUGCCAGUUGUCUCACUGAUCAAAAGGAAAACGUUCGAAACGCAUCUAUUGCUGCUUUGGAAGCAUUUGCUACGCAAGGUGGAUUGGACUGUCUCGUGUCAUCCUUGGCAGUCUCAUUGGUCACUAAUUCGCCAACUUUACGUAAAGAUUUACUGGCCUGGCUCACAACCUUUUGCAAUGGUGCCAAGGAGCGUGAUACGGCAUUGCCAGACCUUUCGCCGCUCGCACCUCCCGUCUUGCAGUGCUUACAAGAUCGUAGCCCCGAUGUUCGUAAGGCAGGUCAGGCAUUCUUACCCAUUUUAGUAGCCAACGUUGGAUAUGACGCUGUCGUUUCAAAGUGUAGUGAUUUGAAAGGUGCUGCAAAAUCUGCUAUUAUGCCCAUGCUUGAAGCAGCCAAACCUGCUCCCCCACCUCGUCCUCCAUCAGUAGAAGGCACUAAACCAGUCGAAAGAGGGGCAUUAAGUUCGCUCCCUAGCUUAUCCAAACCAAGCGCAAAAGCUGGUGUUCGCGCCAAUGCAUCCGCUCUUCCUGGUGCUCCUUCAAAGAUUGCUGCUCGACCAACUGCGAGCGCUCUCCCAACACCGCAAGGCCCUCCUCGUGAGCAACAGACUUCACCUAUUCCAGCUCUUCCAUCGCUUUCUUCGCAUCCAGGACAAGGACAAGGAUCGGGACUUGCUGCACCAAAAUCUCGGUUGACAAUGUCUAAGAAGCCAGGUCAACCAAUCCCUAGUCCCAUGGAGCCCAGUAUUCCAGGAGCUUCAGCACCACCUCGUGUGUCGCGCCAGCAUGACUUGCAGCAUGACACGCAGCAGGAGCAUAACGACCUACCCUCAUCUUACAACAGCAGCAUUCAAAUGCCUAUGGGAAUGUCCGCGCAACAGCGCUCCUUUGAUUCGAUGGAAGGUGUUGUCCCUACAUCACAACCCUUAAACGGAAUCAGACCAUCUGGAGCUAAUAGUAUGGGAGGAAUGGGAGGAAUGGGAGGAAUGGGAGGAAUGGGGGGAAUGGGAGGAAUGGGAGGGAUUUUGCCGAUAAACAAUAACCUCUCGCAGCAGUCAUCAUCGUCAAUCCUUGCUCCACCAGCAGCGCAGAUUAAACGUCUUUCGGUAUCUGGUGGAGAUAUGAGAGGCGAGGCAGUAAUGGACUACCUUGUCACCCAGAUCAUGAGUGAUGAUCCUAACCAGAGUAUAGAUGCUUUGAAGCAGUUAGAGAAAACACUUCAUGGCCCCCUAGAUGUCAUCAUUCCUCAUGUCAACCAGCUGGUUAAUGCUCAUACUCUCCAGAUUCGUCUAGCCUAUACUAGACUUGAACAGCGUAGCACCCCGACUACCCGCGUAUGUAAGCACCUCGUCAAUUCUCUGGUCAGUAUUUUCUCCAACAAGCAAUUAGCAAGCAAGGUGCAAUCAGAUUACCUGUAUAAUUUGCUGCAUGAACUGGCGAGUCGGCUGUUAGACAAGAAUUUGGACAAAGUCGAGAGUGGUCAGCAAUUGGCGAAGGCUUUGAAUGUCACUAUGGUGAAGGUCCUGGAGAAUAGUAAUCGCAAUGCAACAUUCAAUGCAUUACUUUUGAUCCUGGUUCGCUGCGCUCAGCCACUCAGGAAUAUGGAUCAUGGGGAUUCAGCCCACCAGGCCAAGUUUGGAGAUCUUAUCAUGAAGUGCAUCUGGAAGCUAACGAAAACAAUCAAGGAAUGUGUUGCUGCGGGCACAUUGAAACCAAAUGAAUUAUUGGCAGACAUGAAUGAUUUCUUAGUCUCAAUAUCGCCGCCCGAGUGGAAGCGACGUGCUCAAGAAGGAGUCCCAUUGGGUGACAUGCCUCUAAGAACCGUCAAGACAGUACUAGUAGAAUUAUCCUCUGGUAUGGGAGAUGAAGUUUUUAAUCACCUCGACCUGAUCGAAGACCCAAGCAAAUCAGCUAUUCAUCAGUAUUUAGUCCACAUGACUGGACCUAAGAAACGUCCUGUUACUCCGGCACAGAACCCUCCAUUACAAUCUGCUCCCAGCAAUGGUGCCCGUGAACGGCUGUCGGUUAUUGGUUCAAUGACCAACCAAACCCUGCUCCAUCAACAGCAACAACAGCAACAACAGCAACAACAGCAACAACAGUUGCAACAUCAACAACAGUUGCAACAUCAACAACAUCAGCAACAUCAGCAGCAGCAGCUACAGCAGCAACUGUCACAACCUCAGCUUCAGCCCCCACUAGGCCAGUUGCCAUCAUCACUGCAAUUCCAGCAGUCGCCUCAGUUUCAACAUUCCUCCACUUCGCCGAGAACCCCUCUGCAAUCUACUUUUACAUCCCAGUUGCAAGCGCCACAUACUUCUACUUCUGUAUUUGGAUCUCCUCAACUUGAAUUUAAUAGUGCAGGCGCUAACUUUAACCGCUUGAGUAUGGUCAUGGGGCAGUCUCCAGUCCGAAGCCACAGCACCGGCGGUAGCGAAGGCAAGGGCGCAGAUGACACGUCGGGUGCGUCUGAAACAGAAAUGAAUAGUCGACUGACUCAGAUAUUUACCAAGAUUGGGACCAGAGAGGAGACAAAGCAGGGUAUUUCGGAUUUGUACCAAUUUCAAAAGAUGUAUCCCAAUAUGGAGUCUAAGGUGAAUGCACAACUUGCCAAGACGGGGACUUUCUUCCAGAGUUAUAUUCGGAGAGGUCUAGCUAAUUUGGAGGCAGAGGCAAAUGCGGCCGCUACAGGUGGCUCUACACAAGCCUCAAUCAGUACCCUAGGGAUAGGCGGAGCAGGAUCACCACUCGUCCGGGACCGUGAGGCAAUGGAAGCAACCGCAAGAAAACGAGAAAGUAUACUCUCGAUGGUAGGCUCUGAUAGUGAGACAAGUGCCGUAGGAUCAUCCUCUAUCGAUCCAUCGGAGUCAUACAAAGAUCGUCUCGCUCGGCUUCAACAGAUGUUUGGAUAUAAACUGCAGGAUUCCAAGACGCCUUCUCCGGUUCAUGACAGUCAUGAUCCGAAUAGCAGAUUGAUGGAGGGCCGUAAUAGUCCCAGUUUGGCAAUGCGGCAGCAACAAGAGCUUGAUUUUCAGCAGCAUCAAUUGCAACAACAACAAAUCUUGGCGCAGCACAAUCGUUCUCGCCCAUCGUCUCUCUAUCAGUCAACUCUCUCUAGCGCAUCUGCUUCACCCACAGCUUCACAAUUUAGCAGCUCAGUAAGUGGUAUGCAUUUGCCAUAUCAGGGGCAAUAUGCACCUCAACAAGAUGGAGGUAUCGGCAACAACAUCUUGAACAACGGGUACCCUAAUACAACAGGGAAUAAUGGCGUUGGAAGUGGAAGUGCUUUAGCUAAUAGUAUUUCGCCAUCAUCGUCAGCCCCUUCACUCCAAGCACUGCAAGAAUCGAUGGCGGCCAAGGAGCGUGCUCAAACGGUCGCAUUAAUGAAGGAACGGCUAGCGCGCAUGAAAACACAGACAUUGACAUCGUCUCAAUUGGCUUUACAGCAAUUUCAUCAGCAGCAACAGAAUGCUGGGGGCGACCUUGGACGCGGGAAUGGGACAGGAUCAGGGGGUGGUAAUGCUAGUGGACAAUAUUUUUAAUAGUCGAUUAUUAUAGUUGCAUGCUGUAAAAUAAACUUCA